GCGCCAUGGGGGCCACUGGCGACGCCGAGCAGCCGCGGGGACCCGGCGGGGCAGAGCGGGGCGGCCUGGAGCUGGGAGACGCGGGCGCAGCGGGGCAGCUGGUUCUCACGAACCCUUGGAACAUAAUGAUAAAGCACCGGCAGGUGCAGCGAAGGGGCCGCCGCUCACAGAUGACAACCAGUUUCACAGAUCCCGCCAUCUCCAUGGACCUCCUCCGGGCUGUGCUGCAGCCUAGCAUCAAUGAGGAGAUCCAGACUGUGUUCAACAAAUACAUGAAGUUCUUCCAGAAGGCGGCACUGAAUGUGCGAGACAACGUUGGGGAAGAAGUGGAUGCAGAGCAGCUGAUCCAGGAAGCCUGUCGGAGCUGCCUGGAGCAGGCUAAACUACUGUUCUCAGAUGGAGAAAAAGUUAUACCCAGAUUGUCCCAUGAGCUUCCAGGGAUAAAGCGUGGUCGGCAGAUAGAAGAGGAAGGUGCCCAUCGAGGAAGUCCCAUUCCCAAAAAGAGGAAGGGACGGCCUCCUGGACACAUCCAGUCAAAUGACCGGGCAGCCACCGGCAUGGUGUGGAAACCUAAAUCCUGUGAACCAAUUCGCCGAGAAGGCCCCAAGUGGGACCCAGCUCGGCUGAAUGAAUCCACCACCUUUGUGUUAGGAUCUCGAGCUAACAAAGCCCUGGGGAUGGGGGGCACCAGAGGGAGAAUCUACAUCAAGCACCCACACCUCUUUAAGUACGCAGCUGAUCCCCAGGACAAGCACUGGCUGGCCGAGCAACAUCACAUGCGAGCAACAGGGGGGAAGAUGGCCUACCUCCUCAUUGAGGAGGACAUCCGGGACCUUGCUGCCAGCGAUGAUUAUAGAGGAUGCCUGGACCUGAAGUUAGAUGAGCUGAAAUCCUUUGUCCUACCCUCCUGGAUAGUUGAGAAGAUGCGAAAGUACAUGGAGACGCAACGGACAGAGAAUGAGCAUCGAGCUGUUGAAGCACCUGCACAGACCUGAAGCCAGGUGGCCUGGCUACACUUGGCAGCCUUCCUUCAAGACCCUCUUUCCCCCAUGGCUGAGGCCACUGCUGAGACUGCUCCCAGAUGGAUGAUAGCGGCAUUAAGCUGUGCCUGGGCUAGUUUGUAGUGACUCACUACAGAGCACCCCCAGAUUGGCAUGUAGUUCUAUAUUUGUAAAGUUGUUAGGAUAAGAAACAAACAGUUUGUAAUAAACACAGAUGGUGGGCCUGC